UGCACGGGACACCAUCCAGACUCCAGCAGUGGCCCUGCAGCAGCCGCGCAACCAUGUUCCCGCACAGCUUUGACUACAACCAGCCGAUGAGAAAGCGUUGACAAGAAGGAGAUAUGAUGGGACAGCUCCCGGAGGAGGAUGUGGUGGGUGGCUUUACCACAGAGGAACUGGAAUGCAAGAUCUGCUACUGUGCUUACAGCCUGUCAAGUCGACGGCCCAAGGUUCUCAAGUGCUGCCACUGUCUGUGUGCCAAGUGCCUUGCAAAAAUCCAUGAUUUAGGUGAAUCCUCUCCAAACGCGGUGAUUUGUCCAUUCUGCCGUUACAUCACAGAACUUCCCAGAGAAGAUGUGGAUAGUCUACCAGAUGAGUACAACUUGGUGUCAGCGCUUUUGUCCUUCCAGAUGAGGAAGAGUCACAACCUGCAUGACACCCAAGGUGAGAUUCUACUCAGUCCCAGACGACUCACCUCCUUGGUGGGACACUCAGCUUCAGCUUCUCCGACCUCAAUUCGUUCCAAUUACGUGGUGAUCACCAUUAUGGAGCCUCGGCAAGAGUCUGUUAUUCCAUCUCCAGGUAGGGAUUACCGAUCUUCCAGCCUGGACUCAAUGGCCUCAGUUACCAAUAGAUGGACAGUGUGGAACUGUGCGGCCCUCCUGUGCCAGACCUCAGCACGCGUCCUGGUUUGGCUGUUGGGACUGCUAUACUUCAGCUCGCUGCCUCUAGGUGUGUACCUGCUAAUCAUGCAGCACACCACCAUGGGGGUGCUGAUGGUCAGUCUGGUACCUGUCAGUCUUCUAAUUGUCAUGGUGUACGGCCUUUGCCAAUGCCUGUGCCGUGAGUUUUGGGACUGUGUACCACCGUAA